AUGACAAACGAAAAGCUUCUAUUUCGUCUGGAACAGCCCCACGGACCAGGCGAUAUUUACGUAACAUGGCAGAACGGAUCUGGAAUGUAUUUGGCAACAACUGGCAUCGAUUCCGUUAUAAACAUUUUUGACAGAUACGGGCAGAUUCAAGAACGUAUAAAAUUAACGGGUCUUUGUUCAGGAUUUUCGUGGGAUUCAGAUGGCGAUCUCCUAGCAGCCAUAAGUCAGUCCUCACAGUUGGUUCUGUGGGAUACGAAUACCACCAAGAAAGAUAUUAUAGAUGUUGGUCUUAAGGAUGCUAUGACCUGUUUGAUAUGGGCGAAGAAAAAUCCAAUUUUAGCAGUUGGGACAGUUAAGGGGAAUGUGUCUAUUUAUAACCACAAUACAUCUAAAAAAACGCCAAUAAUCGGGAAGCAUACGAAGAAGAUUACUUGUGGUGCAUGGAACAAUGAGAAUCUAUUAGCUUUAGGAUCUGAUGAUAAAACUGUAUCCAUAAGUAACAGCGAUGGAGAUACUUUAAGAGUGAUCAAUCUUAGAGCUGAACCUUCCGAAAUAGACUUUUCACGGAUGAAAACUGACGAAAGGGAUGUAGGAGAAAACACGGUUAGCUUGUUGGUUAGCAAAAAAACAUUGUAUCUAUACAAUCUACUGGAUCCUGACAAUCCCGUAGAACUAGCCUUUCAACCCCAUUAUGGGUCCAUAGUGAAGUACAAAUGGUACGGAGAUGGAUAUAUAUUAUUAGGAUUUUCUGGUGGAUAUUUUAUAGCGAUUUCGACGCAUAUUAAAGAAGUAGGUCAAGAAUUGUUCCAAAUACGAAAUCAUAAGAAUUCUCUCGCCGAUAUAGCGGUUAGUGAGGUUAUCGGAAAAGCGGCAUCUUGUGGAGACAAUACAGUGAAGAUUCACGAUUUGGCAAAUCUUCAGGAAACCUCAAGUGUACUGACGUUAGCUCAAGAAUCUGGAAUCGAUAGAAUCGAAUGGAGUUGUGACGGACAACUUUUUGGCGUGUGUACCAAAGGAGGAUCUUUAAAUGUGUAUGUUUCGUAUAUGCCUACGUUAACCUCCGUAUGUCCACCUAUAAUAGCAGUACUAUCCAGUCUAACGGAAAUCAGUCUCUAUAACUACACUGCUGAUAAGUCAAAAUUGAAGCCGAUCACUAUUCCUCUGGAAAUAGAGCCCAGCUUUAUUGCUGUCGGACACUUCUAUUUUGCCGCUGGUAUGAACAACAGUAUUUGGUUUUAUAAUUUACCAAAACGGCAGCUCGGUUUAGGUGACGUACCCUUGAAACUAAAGGAGAAACAGUAUUCAGGAGCUAUUACCAGCAUUAGGCUUGGUCAAGAGUACGUAUCGGUGUUGCUCGAAGGAAGGUUGCAGCUACAUUUGGUAGAAUCUGCUAAUACCAAUCAAGAAGACAAAGAUUCCAUAACGUUUCCCGAAAAUAUAAACGAAUCAGUUGUGAUCACUUGUCACGAACUAACAGCUGAUUUUUUAAUAUACGCCACGGAUAUGGGAAGUAUUUUGUAUUUCCAUUUGGACGAGUGGUCCAGAGCUUUGGAAUAUAAACAUUCAAUUGGCAUUACUAAUGUUUAUGUAGACCCUGCAGGGACGCGGUUGGUAUUUGUGGACAUUAAGAUCAAUGGUUAUGUAUUCAAUGCGGUACUAAACGAAGCUGUGGCAAUACCAAAUUUACCAAAUAAGGUGUUAGGUGUUGUAUGGGAUAAUAAUAUUGCCGAGAGAAAUGUUUUUAUAAUAUAUGAUGAACACCAAAUUACAGCCUACCAUUAUGUUUCUCGAUCUACAAAAGGUAGUUUGGUUGAAGUUAUCGGCAACACGUUAUUGGUUACCAAACAGUUGCCACUACUAAUGUAUUCUGGAGAAGUUACAUCCGCAACUUCAGGAGGACAGAUUUCGCAGCUUAUACUGACAACUCAUGAAACUCCCCAAUUGAACGUCAACGAAAAAGAUCAUACUAUGUUAGAGGCAAACUAUAACAAGCAGCUCUCCUUACACAGGUUUAAUGCUGCUUUUGAAACCUGCCGUUUAGUAAAAUCAAGAGAGAUGUUGCAGAAAUUGGCAGAAAAAGCUUUAAAAUAUUUAGAGAUUGAAUUGGCUAUUCAAGUAUACAAAGAAAUGGAAGCUGUGGCUAUGGUGUGGAGUCUAGAAAGUAUCGUAGAGAUAGAAGAGUAUAAAUUAUUGUGUGGAUACAUUAGCAUGUAUCUAAACGAGUAUGAUAAAGCUCAAGAAUGGUUCUUGUUGUCGAGUUACCCCGAAGCAGCAUUGGAAAUGAGAAGAGAUCUUCUACAAUGGGAGCAAGCGUUGCAAUUAGCUAGAAAAAUGGCUCCGAAUGAUAUAGCACUAAUAUCUCGGGAAUAUGCACAACAGUUGGAAUUUGUCGGUAACUACUCUGAAGCUUUACGCCAUUAUGAAAAAGGUCUACAAGAUGACUUAAAUCCGGAACAUACACUCAUUUGCAAAUCUGGUAUCGCACGAACAAACUUACAUUGUGGAAACUAUCGACAUGGCAUAGCUGCUGCUACAGAAUUGGACAACAAACAAUUAUUACGGGAAUGUGCAGAAAUAUUGGAGAAGAAAAAGAAAUAUGCUGAAGCUGCUUCAUUAUUUGAAAGAUGUUAUCAAUACGAGAAGGCUGCAUCUAUCUACAUUAAAAUGAAGAGUUGGAGUAAAGUUGGGGAGCUCUUGCCUAAUAUAUCUUCGACUAAAAUUUACCUUCAGUAUGCCAAAGCGAAAGAAAGCGAAAACGAAAUCGAACAAGCUGUAUUAGCCUACGAGAAAGCAAAAGAUUUCGAUUCUGUUAUCAGGUUACAUUUAGAACACUUAAAUAAUCCCGAGAUAGCUGUUGAGCUCGUACAAGAAACAAAGAGUAUUGAGGGCGCUAAGAUGGUUGCCAAAUUCUUUUUGGGACUCAACGAUAUAGCAUCUGCUAUAAAAUUUCUCAUAAUCUCUAAAUGUAUAGACGAAGCUUUCGAUUUAGCGAAAAAAACACGGGAAGAUGAUGCUGUAUGGAAAAAUCCUUCUAGAUACAUUUUCCGAAGAUGAUAUCAAACCACAGGACUUUGUUAGCGUAGCAACACAUUUUGAAAACGAACAAAAUUUUCUUCUCUCUGGCAAAUAUUGGUUUCAUGCUAAGGAUUAUCAGAAGGCUAUGAAGUUUCUUUUAAAAGCUGCAAGAUCAAGCUCUAAAGAAAAAGAAGCAAUAACAGUAGCUAUAGAUGUCGUAGCAUCAUCUAACGAUAAUACCUUGACAAAUACUCUCAUUGAAUUCUUGUUAGGAGAAUCCGAUGGUAUUCCCAAAGAUCCAAAAUAUCUUUUCAGACUUUACAUGGCAAGAAAACAAUUUCGCGAAGCUUCUAAAUCCGCGGUUAUAAUAGCUAACGAAGAACAGAUCAACGGAAACUACAGAAACGCUCACGACAUCCUAUACGCCAUGUGCCAGGAGUUAAAACAAAAUUCUAUAAAAAUCCCCUUUGAGAUGUACAUGAAUUUGAUGUUGUUACAUAGUUAUAUUUUAGUCAAAUUGCACGUGAAGAGAGGACAACAUUUAAAUGCUGCUAGGAUGUUAAUGAGAGUCGCUAAUAGUAUAUCAAAAUUUCCUGCCCAUAUAGUUCCCAUUUUGACUUCUACUGUGAUAGAAUGCCACAGAGCUAAUUUGAGGCAAGUGGCAUAUAAAUACGCAACGACCUUGAUGAAUCCCGAGUAUCGAAAAAACAUAGAUCCAAAAUACAGCAAAAAAAUUGAAGCGGUCAUCAGGAAACCUUCGAAAGGCGUUAAGGAUGGAGAAGCCUCCGAAGAUCCCGUCGAACCGCUGACGCCAUGUCCUUUUUGUGAAAGUAUGUUACCAGAAACGGAAAUUACUUGCAAUACGUGCAAAAAUAAUAUACCAUUUUGUAUUGUAACGGGCCGACAUAUAGUUACCGCCGAUUUAACAGCAUGUCCAGAAUGUGAUUUUCCAGCCAUACGAAGUGAAUUUCUUCAAAUUGCUGAAGAGGAUCCUCACUGCCCAAUGUGUUCUAUGAGGAUAGAUAUUACAAGAUUAGAGCCAAUACAGGAUAGUAAACCAUAUUUGAACGUUGACACAUAA